AUGGCAGCCUCUCCCAUAUCUUCCCGUCCUCGGGCUGCACCUCAUCAGUACGAAACAGAAACGUUUCUGAAUGCCCUGAAAGGAGUCAAGCCCAGCAUUACAUUCGACAGCUCCAAAUGGGAACAGCUCGCCAAAGCAGCGCUCUCAGCAGAUUCCUGGGGAUACGUUUCUGGAAAUGCUGGCACAGGAGAAUCGGACAAGCGCAAUCGAGAUGCGUUCCACCAAUGGGCCCUUCUUCCAUCACGACUUGUCCAGACCAAAUAUCCAGAGCUUGAGACGACCGUCCUAGGUCAGAAAAUGUCAUAUCCAGUUGCACUGGCGCCCAUAGGUGUCCAGAAGAUCUUCCAUCGGGAUGGCGAGAUAGCUGCGGCAAAGGCUGCGGCAAGCUGUGGACUUCCUUACAUACUUUCAAGUGCGACUUGCACAAGCAUCGAGAACGCUGCGAAGGCCAAUGAAGGAGGCACAUCGUGGUUCCAGCUCUACUGGCCAUCGAACGAGCACAACGAAUACACCGUGUCGCUACUUCGACGAGCCAAGGCGGCCGGGUAUACGGCUUUGUUCGUGACAGUCGAUACGUAUGCCAUGGGCUGGAGAUAUGUCGAUAUGGAUCACGGAUACAAUCCAUUCCUUGUCGCAGAUCAUGUCGGAGUCGAGAACGGCCUCACCGAUCCAGUCUUUCAGAAGCGGUGCCACGAAAAGCACAGCAAAGGCGUGGAGGACGACUUGGCUACCGCAGCCGCUGAGUGGGCUGGCAUCAGCACGCCAGGGCUCUCACAUUCGUGGGAGGAUCUUUCGUUUUUGAAAAAGAACUGGGACGGACCGAUCGUGCUUAAACGCAUUCAAACAGUCGCAGAUGCAAAGAAAGCAGUCGCCUACGGUAUGCAAGGCGUCGUGGUGUCCAACCACGGCGGCAGACAACAAGAUGGUGUUCCGGGGUCCUUGGAAACGCUUGAAGCAAUUGCAAAUGCUGUUGGGUCGGAGCUGGACGUUUUCUUCGAUAGCGGCAUACGUACUGGAGUGGACGUCGCCAAGGCACUGGCCCUUGGAGCAAAAUGUGUCCUGAUCGGCCGACCGUAUAUUUAUGGCUUGGCCAUCAACGGACAGACUGGUGUCGAACAUGUCCUAAAGGCUCUACUUGGAGAGUUCGAGAUGACUCUGCAUCAAGCAGGCGUCGCUUCAGUGCAGUCCAAGGACCUCAAUCGCAGCAUUCUGAGCUGUGGGUGUCGGGACUGA